AAAAAGAACGCUUAUGUUCGGCUCUUCACUAAACGCCCGUGACGCUGCCCGGCGAUCUCCCAACCCCGCCGCCACUUCGCCAUCCGAGUCCCGACAUGUCACCCUGAUUGGCCCUUCCCGCCCUUGGGAGUACUGUAUUCCGAGGCAGUUGCCCUAAAUCCGAAUGAGCCUCACGUCUCUUGAAGUUCCGCACGACGUUAUAGAGCCCCUCAUUCUUGGCGGCAGCUAGGAUUGCUACCCCACGGUGAAUACAAUGACCAGGAAUGCCGAAGCACGGCUAAUGCUUCUACGGAUAGACGGCUGACCUUUCGGGCUGCCUACUAGAGAUGUGGGACCGCCAUUGGAGUGCCUUGUACAGCAGGAGUGACUCCCGUUAGACUGCACACGCCUGAACCAGUUCACACCAACUAUCGCUACUUCUGGUAGCCUCUCAAUUUCCGGAUAUCUUCAAGAAAGUCUUCCCGCAUAGCAAACAUGGGUAGACUCGACGGCAAAAUCGCCAUCGUUACUGGCGCAGGAUCCGGCUUCGGCGCCGCCAUCUCAAAGGCCUUCGCCUCCGAAGGCGCCAAAGUCCUCGUCUGCGACAUCAACGAGACCGGUGGCCAAGAAACCGUCGCCUCCAACCCGUCCUCCCUCUCCUUCCAUAAAAUGGACGUGACCAAGGCGUCAGAUUGGAAAUCUACCAUGGAGACCGCCAUCCAGAAAUGGGGCAGAGUGGAUAUCCUGGUGAACAAUGCAGGGACGAGUUAUAGGAAUAAGCCGACGCUUGAGGUGACCGAGGAGGAGUUUGAGAAGGUGUUUGAUGUUAAUGUCAAGGGGGUAUAUUUGGGGUGUAAUGCGUGGGUGCCGCAGGCGAUCGAGCGGAAGGAAGGUGGUGUGAUUAUCAAUAUUGCGAGUGUCGGCGCUACACGGCCGAGGCCAGGGCUGGUGUGGUAUAAUGCUUCGAAGGGAGCGGUAUGGAAUGCGACCAAGGGACUGGCAGCAGAGUAUGGUCCUCAUCAGAUCCGCGUAGUCAGCAUUUGUCCCCUGGUAACCAGUACGGGACUCUUCUCCCACUUUACUGGGGUAGAGGAUACUCCGGAGAAUCGGCAGAAGUUCGUGAGCAACGUACCGAUGGGUCGUAUUGGCGAGGUGGACGACGUUGCUUCAGCAUGCGUCUUCAUGGCCAGCUCGGAUGCGAAGUUCAUCACUGGUGUAAACCUGGAGGUGGACGGCGGCAGGUGCAUCUAGUCAGAAGGCUUCAGAAGGCUUGCAGAGUUAAUGCGAUCAUACCAC